GGGAAUAAAGAAAUAAAGAACUACAUUACAAUAUUAUUCUCUUGGAGAUAAAAAAUUUCGCAAUAAGCUUAACCCACUGGGCAUUUUAUUUAUUUAUUACUUAUCUUGACCACCAGCAUAUUAUUUUUCAGUUUCUAUUAUUACAAAUAUAAACUCUGGAAGUUUAUUAAAAAAAAAAAAUGCUGGGCCCUCUCUUACUUUUUCUUUUUAUUCUAUUACUUCUCGUUUGUUAUUAUCGACAAACUAUACUUUCAUAUUUCCCUAGUGUAAAUCGUCGGUAUCAACGAUUACCUGCAGUAUUUUCUUCAAAUUCAUUUCAUAACGAUAUAGAGAAUGGUUUAACUUCGGAAACUUUUGAUCUUGAACAAAAUAUAAUUGAUGGUGAUUCAAGACCUGGAUUAGAAGAUUCCGAAGAAAUUAAAAGGAUAAUGAAAACUGAUAAUGUUACUUUUGAUCAAGCGAGACUAAUUAGACAACAGAGAAAAUUUAAAACUAAUAAUAUUGAUCCACAAACUGGUUUACCAAAAGAUCCAAAAUUAGUUACUUUUUCAUAAUAAGCAUAUAUAUAAUCAAGAUUAUAAUUAACAUUAUGAUUAUUAUCUAUUAGCUUUUUAAAGUGUAAAUAUAAUCAAAAUAUUAUGAACAACAAAUUCUACAAAUAAACGUAUGAAAGAACUGUAAUUACGCAACAAUUAUUUUUCGAAUAAGUUAUAUUUUAUAUUUUAUGAUUUUAACCAAUAAAAAAUGAAAUUUAAUAUAAUAUUA